AGUGAGGUGGAAAAGAUAGAUAGAGAGAAAGAGAGAGAGAGAGAGAGAGAGAGAGAAUGGGCAGUGCCGGUGAAAUGAAGGGCCCGGUGGCAGUGACUGGAGCUGCUGGUUAUGUUGGAUCAUGGCUCAUCAUGAGGCUUCUCCAAGAGGGUUACACAGUCCGGGCCACCGUACGGGAUCCCACCAAUCUGAAGAAGACAAAGCACUUGUUGGACCUACCAGAGGCAAGCGAGCGACUUACACUCUGGAAGGCUGACCUGGAUGAUGAAGGCAGCUUCGACGAGGCAUUCCAUGGAUGCACCGGAGUUUUCCAUGUGGCCACCCCGAUGGACUUCGAAUCAACAGACCCUGAGAAUGAAGUGAUCAAGCCAACAAUCAAUGGAGUCCUGAAUGUAAUGAGAUCUUGCAAGAAAGCCCCAACGGUGAAGCGUGUCAUUUUCACAUCUUCCGCCGGAACUGUCGACAUCCAAGAGCACCAGCAGCCGCAAUAUGAUGAAACCUGGUGGAGCAAUGUCGAAUUCUGUAGGCGAACCAAGAUGACCGCAUGGAUGUAUUUCGUGUCAAAAACAUUGGCAGAGCAAGCUGCAUGGGACUUUGCAAAGGAGAACAACAUAGACUUCAUCAGUAUCAUCCCAACACUCGUUGUUGGUCCUUUUAUCAUGUCAAGCAUGCCUCCAAGCAUGCUCACUGCCUUGGCUCUGAUUCUGGGAAACGAACCCCACUAUUCAAUUUUGAAGCAGCACCAACUAAUUCACUUGGAUGACUUAUGCAAUGCUCAUAUCUUCGUGUUGGAGAACCCCAAAGCUGAGGGAAGAUACAUCUGCUCUUCCAGAGAUACCACCAUUUUUGAGCUUGCAAAAAUGUUGAAAGAAAGAUACCCUGAAUACAACAUUCCCACCACUUUUAAGGGUAUUGAUGAGUCGAUCAAGCCUGUACAUUUUUCUUCAAAGAAACUCACAGAUCUGGGUUUCGAAUUCAAGUACACCAUGGAGGAUAUGUUUGAUGGAGCUAUCCGGUCGUGCAGGGAGAAGAACUUGAUUCCACUUAAAACAAUAGAGAAAGUAGGUGGAGUUGAAGACAACAAUAAUAUCUCAGCAGUCGGAGGAGAGAACCAACCCAUCAAGGCAUAGGCUCGUUUCCCUGCUAGAAACGUUGCUUGUGUGCUGCUUUUGCAAUCUGUUUUGAUGUGAUUUCUAUUUUGGAAGCUUAAGGAA